GUAUGGCUAAAGGUUCUCCCUUCAGCCUUACUGGAGAGCUCUACAGGUCCAAACCGCAUUGUACGGUCGUAUUUAAUCCCCGGUCCGGUCCAAUCGGUCGUACAAAAUCAAGUGUUUGGGUUUCGCCUAUGCGUUUCCUUCUUCUCCCCCCGAUAAUCAUCCAAACCAAAAUCUUCAACCUGAUUGUUCGAAACUUCAAUCUAACGAAUGGGGCCUCCUGUCAGACCGAACAAGCAGUCCUUCGGUACUGCUAAUGCUAUUGGGAAGCAAAACCUAUUCGAAUCAUCAUCGGAUGCCAUGUUUAACAAUCUAUGGGUUGGCAAUUUGGCCGCCGACGUUACAGAUUCAAAUUUGAGGAAUCUAUUUGAGAAACACGGUGCCGUUGAUAGCGUUACCUGUUAUCCGUCAAGGAGCUACGCCUUUGUCAACAUGAAGCGUCCGGAGGAUGCAAAAAGGGCCAAAGAGUCCCUUCAAGGCUUUGUUUUACGUGGGAGCGCGCUGAAGAUUGAUUUUGCCAAACCGGCUAAACCCUGCAAGAGUCUGUGGGUAAGUGGCAUCAGCAGUUCCACUACCAAGGAAGAUCUAGAGGAAGAAUUUUCCAAAUUUGGUAAAUUUGAGGAUUUUAAAUUCCUAAGAGAUAAGAACACAGCAUACAUUGAUUAUUCCAGACUAGAGGAUGCAUCAAAGGCUCUUAAAAUGAUGCAUGGCAAGAAAAGAGGGGGAUCUGUCAUUCGUGUCGACUAUCUAAGAUCUCAACCCAAAAGAGACCAGGGUCCUGAUUUCCGUGAUGCAAAGGAAGGACAGCAUUUCAGAAGUAUGGUUCCACAUGAUUCACCAUGGUUUCCACCAGAUAGUGUUAAAAAUUACCCUGAUUCUUCAUAUUAUGGUCCAAAAAGGCAACAGCAUAAUAUAUUGGGCAUGGAAGGUCGAAAAGGAGACGGAGAGCAAGCAAGUAACGUUUUGGUAAUAUCAUAUCCUCCCAUCGUUCACAUUGACGAACAAAUGUUACACAAUGCCAUGAUUUUAUUCGGUGAGAUUGACGAUAUCACAAGCUUUCCUUCAAGACAUCAUUAUCUUGUUGAAUUCCGAAGCAUAGAAGAGGCACAACUCGCUAAAGACGGACUUCAAGGCCGUUUGUUUAACGACCCCAGAAUCUCAAUCACGUUUGCAACCAAUGACCAAACACCAAACAAAGAUAUUCCUGGAUUCCACCCUCAUGGAAUCUUUAACGAACCACCACCACCACACUUGGAUGCAUAUGUAUUAAUGCCAAAUAGGCCUUAUGUAGGAGGAGGACCUUUUGUCCCUCCAGACACCUUUGAUCCUCCAGAGUUUCCUAUGAGUAUGAAUAUGAAUCCAAUGGGUGUCGGUGUUCCUAACUGGAGAAGAUCUUCUCCUAAUCCGUCUCCUGGUCCCGGGACAUGGGAUGUAUUUGAUGGAACCCAUUUGCAUAGGGAACCUAAAAGACUAAGAACUGAGGGUAAUAUACCUUUGAGAGAUAUGAACGAUCAGGAUCCAUAUGGUGGUGGUGGUGGUAGACAUGCAAGUCAUCCUGGUUGUGACUAUAUUUGGCGAGGCGUUAUUGCUAAAGGUGGAACUCCUGUUUGUCAUGCCCGUUGUGUUCCUAUUAGAGACUGGAUUGGAUAUGAGAUCCCAGAAGUGGUUAAUUGCUCGGCAAGAACAGGAUUAGAUAUGCUAGCAAAGCACUACACAGACGCAAUCGGUUUCGAUAUCGUUUUCUUCUUGCCGGAUAGUGAAGAAGACUUUGCUUCAUAUACAGAAUUCGUACGUUAUUUAGGUGACAGAAACCGGGCCGGGGUUGCUAAAUUCGAUGACGGAACUACCCUUUUCCUGGUCCCACCUUCCGAUUUCCUUUCCAAUGUUUUAAACGUUUCCGGCCCCGAACGUCUCUAUGGAGUUAUCCUCAAGUUCCCCCAACCACCACCACCUCAAUACAUCGAUAAGCAGCAGAUCCCUCCUCAAAAUGACUACAAUGUAAACAUGCCAGGUGGCGGGGAGAAGCUGCUCCAAAUUGAUUAUAGCGGUGUCCCACUCCCACAUGAAGACUUAAAGUCACCCGCUCCUCCACCACAACCACAACCACAACCGUUAUCUAGAUCUACGCCGCCCAGGCUCUCUUUAACACCUGAACUUAUCGCGACUCUCGCUUCUUUGGCCAAAGGAAAGUUUAAUGGUGGCCAACAGCAACCUUCCGCCACGUCAGCAUCAGCAUCAGCAUCAGCAUCAGCAUCAGAGAGACCAUGGGAAUAUGAACCUGAACCUAGUGGACGUUUAAUGCAACAAGCUCAUGCUCAGCCACAAGUUCCACCGGGUUACGGAGGUCAAGAUGUGAAUUUCACCAUGCCACAAGGGCAAUCUGGUCAAUUUGCAGUUCCAAGCCAGCAGCAAUAUGUACCCAACUUCCCGUAUGGAUUUGAGCAGAAGCCGGAUGCUUUAAGUCAGGUUUAUGGUGGUGGUGGUAACGUUUAUCAGCCACAAAGUAUGGGAGGUGAACAAAAGACGGAUGGGCCCUUGGGAAGUCAGAUUUAUGGUGGUAAUGUUUACCAACCACAAAAUAUGGGAGGAGGUGAGAACUCUGGUGGUGGUGGUGGUGUGCAGCUACCGGAGCAAAUGCAGCAGCUUCAUUUGCUACCAAUCUCCUCCUCAAAAUACAUCAGCAGCAGCCGGGGCAAGGUAGUGGUGCUGGUGGUUCUCUUCACUGAGACUCAGUUGUAGGGUGAGAUGGGGUUCAAUCAUUUCGUUUUGAUACGAUCAAUGAAUGUGGUGCAUUUGGCAUAUCUUGGUUUGGACGAGGUCAUGUAUAUUGUUUCUUUGCGGAGUUGGCUUGGUUGGAAGAUGGUGCGUUUGUUUUUCUUUCUAUUUUAGGAGUCGAUUUUCCGUCAACAUCUUUUCUAUUACACUCGUAACAAAGUAACUUUGUCGAAGAAAUAGGUAUGGCUUAUGAUAGCUCUUUUUAAACCAUGCGCACAAAAUGGGCUAUGAACUUAUUGAUUUUGGUUUAUGCUAAAAAACUUUGAGCUUUUUAGAAUUGAAACUUAAUGAAUUAUCAAUAUGUGCUUGAUUAAAAUGUUGUAGG